UACAUGCACACGGACAUCCUAUUUUCCACUAAUAUCCCUUUUUCUUCUGCCUAGGGUUCUUCACUUUUUCUCAGUUGGGUCCCUCCCUCUAAACACCAUCAGAUCCAGCCAAUUAAUCCUCUCGGAUGAUUUUGUAUACGUAAUCUCCGUAUAGUUUCGUCUACAUUCAUCAUUGCUUAGAAAUUUCGAUUUCCUCGGCUUCUGAUUGGUUAAUCUUGCCCUGCAAUGCUGAUCAAGUUGGUGCUCUGCUGAUCCUUUUGUUGUCGCAAUUGGUUACUCUUCACGCAAAAUCAGUUCGAUGGUGCAGUGCUGAUCCUUUUGUGGUCGGAAUUGGUUACUCUUCACACAAAAUCAGUCCGCAUUUUUUCGAAUUGGAGUUCCGUCUUUUGUGGGUUAAAAGUUUUUUCGCUGUUGAACUAUAAGUCUCUUAUUAUUGAGGCAUUUUCUGAUUCUAUUCAUCUUAAUUUAUGCUUUUUAUAUUUAUGAAGUGGGUAUCUUGUGUGAAAGUUUGAGGCUUUGAGGACUGGGAUUUUUUUUUCUUUUAAUGUUUGUUGUUUUUGGGGUGAGAAAUGAGGUGACGUUACUUAUGCAUGGUCAGAGGAUUUUUAUCUGCUUGUUGGGUGGGGUAGGGAAGGAUGAAGAGGAUCAGAAGUGAAUCUCAGAGUGGAAGGAGGUUCAAAUUGUCACAUUUGUUAAUGGGGUUAGCUGCAUUAUACCUGAUUGUCAUAUGCUUGAAGUUCCCUAAGUUUUUGGGGAGUGCAGCAGUUUUGAGUAAUAACGGUAAUGAUGUGGGUAAGGAGGGACUGCGAGUUGAGGUUGAAGAAGAUACUGAACUAAGUAAACCAAUACUACAAAACAAUGUGAACCAAAAUGCUCCUCCAAUGCCGCGUGAGGAAGCUUUAGAAGAGAAGAAAGGUGGUUCAACACCUGUUAACCCCCUUUCGCUUCAUUAUGGUAGAAUAGCUGCUGCAAUUUUGAGGCGUAGGAACAGAACAAGUGAUUUCUCCGUAGUAGAGAAAAUGGCAGAUGAGGCUUGGUCAUUAGGCACGAAGGCAUGGGAAGAAGUAGGUAAACAUGAUGGGAAGGAUAUUGAGAUGAAUGCCACACUUGAGGGGAAGCCUGAGUCCUGUCCUUCUUGGGUGUCGGUGAAUGCAGAAGAAUUGGCUAGGGGAGAUAAUCUCAUGUUCCUUCCUUGUGGGCUUGCUGCAGGUUCUUCAAUCACAGUGAUUGGAACACCACGUGUAGCUCAUCAGGAGUACGUGCCUCAGCUGGCGAGAUUAAGAGCUGGUGAUGCACUGGUUUUGGUUUCACAAUUCAUGGUUGAAUUGCAAGGACUAAAGGCUGUAGUUGGAGAGGACCCACCAAAGAUUUUACAUCUUAAUCCUAGACUGAGAGGAGAUUGGAGCCAUCGACCAGUAAUUGAGCACAACACCUGCUAUAGGAUGCACUGGGGCAGCGCCCAAAGGUGUGAUGGUUUACCAUCCAAGAGUGAUGACGAAAUGCUAGUCGACGGCUUCUUGAAAUGUGAAAAAUGGAUGCGAAAUGAAAUAGUGGAUUCAAAAGAGUCCAAAAUUUCAAAGGAGUCCAAAAUCUUUUCAUGGUUUGAGAGAUUUAUUGGGCGUGCUAAAGUUCCAGAAGUGACCUGGCCAUUUCCAUUUAUGGAGGGUCGGAUGUUUGUGCUUACUAUUCGUGCUGGUGUUGAGGGAUACCAUAUCAUUGUUGGGGGUCGGCAUGUGACCUCGUUUCCAUAUCGCACGGGUUUUACUUUGGAAGAUGCAACAGGGUUGGCAAUCAAAGGUGAUGUGGAUGUACAUUCGGUUCAUGCCACCUCUCUUCCAACCUCUCAUCCAAGUUUUUCUCCCCAAAGGGUAUUGAGUUUCUCUGAGGAGUGGAAAUCACAUCCUCUGCCCCAUCAUGGUAUUCAGCUUUUUAUAGGGGUUCUCUCCGCCAACAAUCACUUUGCUGAACGCAUGGCUGUUAGAAAAACUUGGAUGCAAUCUUUAGCUGUCAGGUCCUCAAAUGUGGUGGUUCGCUUCUUCGUUGCCCUGAAUCCAAGGAAGGAGGUUAAUGCUGUUUUGAAGAAAGAGGCUGCCUAUUUUGGUGACAUUGUUAUUAUUCCAUUUAUGGAUCGUUAUGAACUAGUCGUACUCAAAACUAUUGCCAUCUGUGAAUAUGGGGUUCAAAAUGUAACAGCUGCAUACAUCAUGAAAGUUGAUGAUGAUACUUUUGUUAGAGUGGAUAAUGUCCUUGAACAAAUUGAAGGAUUCUCUCCCAAAAGAUCCCUUUAUAUGGGAAAUCUAAACCUCUUGCACAGACCUCUUCGAACUGGGAAGUGGGCUGUUUCCUUCAAGGAAUGGCCAGAAGCAAUAUAUCCUCCUUAUGCCAAUGGACCUGGGUAUAUAAUUUCCAGUGACAUUGCAAAUUAUAUUGUAUCUCAACAUCUCAAGCGUAGUCUCCGGUUAUUCAAAAUGGAGGAUGUCAGCAUGGGAAUGUGGGUUGAGCAGUUCAACAGUUCUAAACCUGUCCAAUAUUCUCACAGCUGGAAGUUUUGCCAGUAUGGGUGCACGGAGGACUAUUACACUGCCCAUUACCAAUCGCCACGGCAGAUGCUCUGUCUGUGGGCCAAUUUGAUUAAGGGCCGGGCUCGCUGCUGCAACUACUGAAUUGGUAGGCAAUUAACAAUCUAUGGAUCUGGUUUCUCUACGUGUACAGUGACCUGAUGUUGUCUUCCUGAAAACUUCACUGAAAUGACAACUUUUCUGGUUGCCUGGCAUGGCUGGUGGUGUCGAGGAAUUGUUGGAAAGAUUUAGCUACUGACUUAAAAGCAGAGGGAAUUUCCCCUUUGAACCAGUCACCUUAGGUUCUCUGUAAUGUAUCCACGCAAUGCACUGUAAGUUGUAUAGGUUUUAUGUCAGUUUGUACCAUGGAAUUAAAUAAUUAAUAGCAUUCUUGUUGUGGAGCGGGAAAACCUUUGAGCUUCAAGUUUUGUUCUUCACAAAAGUUGUGAAGAGUUUGGGAAGUGGGGUGCUACCAUCAUAGACAUGUAAGCUAUCGUUGGCAAACACAUUUCAGACAGAAUCUUGUCACGGGCUACUACAGUAUGGUUGAUCAAA